UCCACUGCACAACUUGUAUGCUUGUAAUGUAUCCACUUCCAUCGCUGUUACAGCAUGACAACCAUUCACAAGAAGCCAAACAAGGGCGUGAAGCAUGCUGAAUACUAGAGCCGUCCUGUGAGCCAAAGGUCACCAUGGAGACGACGGACGAAGCACCUGCGCAGCGUAAUGACGACAGGGCCGAGACCUGCACCGUGUCUGUCAAAGGUCUGACAGAGAACUGGCAGAAAUGGUCCAACGACCACUGCGAGUAUCAGAAACACAAUCCCUUCAGCAACGGCAAGGUGAUUCCCCCGCAGAUCCAGCGAGGACAGGAGGGUUACGGCAGGCCUUUAGAGGGCUCUAAAACAGAGCAGAGGGGGAAAGACGCCCACUCCCACAUCAGCAGAGAGGUCACUGAGCUCUGCCAGGUCAUUCAGGAGAUCGCAGAGAGCAGAGACGACGGCAGGCCGGCUGUGCGGUUCGGGACGCUGUUUGAGAGAUACGUCACCAUCUCUGAUAAACUGGUGGGAGUUCUUCUGCGGGCACGCAAGCAAGCACUGGUGCACUUUGAAGGGGAGAUGCUGUGGCAGGGGAGAGAUGAUGAUGUUGUCAUCACCUUGUUACAGUGAUUUUACAGAAGUGAUGGACACCACGUGCCUGCCUAAAAGUCAAUAUUACGGUCCAAAAUUGCACUACAGGCAUCCGUUUUACUUGAACAGGGGUUAGUUUUUGGCCAAAGAAACUAUUGCUAAUGAGAUUGUUCACUUGAGUGUAAUUCAUUUAAAUCUAGCAAACUGGUAUAUUCUGUUACCAUUUCAUGCUUUCAAAGUGGGUCAUUUCUGAAUUAGAAAAACACUGGUCUGUCAUUGGUCAACCAAACAAGUAGCCCCGCCCCCAUCUCAUACCAUUGCUUACACUUUUCAGUUCCUUGUCCAAAAAAAAA